AUGGUGGACAUCCUCCUCCCGCGGCCGCUCCCGGGCGCCAUGGGGGAGCCCUCCAAGAGGCGGCCAGGGCUGGCCCUGUGCGCAGGCUGCGGGGGCCGUAUCCAGGACCCCUUCCUGCUGCGGGUGUCGCCGGACCUGGAGUGGCACGUCGCCUGCCUCAAGUGCGCCGAGUGCGGGCAGCCCCUGGAUGAGACCUGCACAUGCUUCCUGCGCGACGGCAAGGCCUACUGCAAACGAGAUUACAGCAGGCUCUUCGGCAUCAAGUGCGCCCAGUGCCGGGCGGCGUUCAGCAGCAGCGACUUGGUGAUGCGCGCCCGCGACCACGUCUACCACCUGGAGUGCUUCCGCUGCGCCGCCUGCGGCCGCCAGCUCCUGCCCGGCGAUCAGUUCUGCCUGCGGGAGCGCGACCUGCUCUGCCGCGCCGACCACGGGUCGCCCCCCGACGGCGCCGCCGCCCGCGGACCGCGCAGCCCCGCGCUGCCGCCGGCCGCCGCCGCGCACCUCGCAGAGCCGGUGCCCGGGAGGCCGCCCGCCCCGCGGCCGCCGGCGCACAAGGCGGCAGAGAAGACCACCCGCGUGCGGACGGUGCUGAACGAGAAGCAGCUGCACACGCUGCGGACCUGCUACGCUGCCAACCCGCGCCCCGACGCCCUGAUGAAGGAGCAGCUUGUGGAAAUGACGGGGCUCAGUCCCCGCGUCAUCCGCGUCUGGUUCCAGAACAAGCGCUGCAAGGACAAGAAAAAGUCCAUUCUCAUGAAGCAGCUCCAGCAGCAGCAGCACAGCGACAAGACGAGCCUGCAGGGCCUCACCGGGACGCCGCUGGUGGCCGGCAGCCCCAUCCGCCACGAGAGCGCCGUGCAGGGCAGCGCUGUGGAGGUCCAGACGUACCAGCCGCCCUGGAAGGCGCUCAGCGAGUUCGCCCUGCAGAGCGACCUGGAGCAGCCCGCCGCCUUCCAGCAGCUGGUCUCCUUCUCCGAGUCCGGCUCCCUGGGCACCUCCUCCGGCAGCGACGUGACCUCGCUGUCCUCCCAGCUCCCCGACACCCCCAACAGCAUGGUACCCAGCCCGGCCGAGACGUGA